CGAGAGGAGAUGGGUGAAGUGUUAAAAAGUUCAACAUUUUCAUCUGACCCAAGUGACAAAAUGAAAUGUCAGCUGCCCCAAAAGUGAAGUUCGAGCAAAAUUCAAAUUUUCCCUUCUGAACGCUAAAAGGGAAGAAACAAAAGCAAUGGAAAGUCAAAGAGCAUAUCGAUUUGUGCAAGGGAAGGACUGGGGAUUUAAAAAAUUCAUUACAAGGGAUUUUUUGCUUGAUGAAGCUAAUGGUCUUUUACCAGAUGACAAGCUAACAUUAUUUUGUGAGGUGAGUGUGGUUCAAGAUUCAGUAAACAUAUCAGGACAUACGAAUACAAAUACUUUGAAGGUGCCUGAAUGUGGACUAGCAGAAGAUUUAGGUAAUCCCUGGGAAAACACAAGAUUUACAGAUUGCAGUUUUUUUGUGAGAGGACAAGAAUUUAAAGCUCAUAAAUCUGUGCUUGCAGCUCGAUCCCCAGUUUUUAAUGCAAUGUUUGAACAUGAAAUGGAAGAAAGCAAAAAGAAUCGAGUGGAAAUAAAUGAUUUAGACCCUGAGGUUUUUAAAGAAAUGAUGAGAUUCGUUUACACAGGGAAAGCACCAAAUCUUGAUAAAAUGGCUGACAACUUGUUGGCAGCUGCAGACAAAUAUGCACUGGAACGGCUGAAGGUCAUGUGUGAAGAAGCUUUGUGUAGUAACCUCUUAAUAGAAAAUGUUGCUGAUAUCCUUGUCCUUGCAGAUUUGCACAGUGCAGAACAGUUGAAAGCACAAGCCAUAGACUUUAUUAAUAGGUGCAGUGUACUUCGACAACUUGGGUGUAAAGAUGGGAAAAACUGGAACAGCAACCAAGCAACCGACAUAAUGGAAACAUCAGGGUGGAAGUCCAUGAUUCAGUCUCACCCUCACUUAGUAGCAGAAGCCUUCCGAGCAUUAGCAUCUGCACAGUGUCCACAGUUUGGCAUUCCAUGCAAACGACUAAAGCAGUCCUGAAAUCUUCCAUGAACAGUAGAAAACAA